GAUUUUUUUACUUAGAAAGAACUGAUCAGGUCAUCAAUGGAAGAAUCAUCAUGUUCAGAUUCAAAGCUUCAAUUGUAUUCUUACUGGAUUAGUUCAUGUUCAUGGCGAGUUCGAUUCGCUUUGAAUCUCAAAGGGCUUUCAUACGAGUACAAAUCUGUCAAUCUCACAAAGGGAGAGCAGUUCAAUCCUGAGUUUGAGAAACUGAAUCCUCUUCAUUUUGUACCAGUAUUAGUUGAUGGAGACAUUGUUGUGUCUGAUUCUCUUGCAAUUCUUCUGUAUUUGGAAGAGAAGUAUCCCCAGAUUCCAUUACUCCCAUCUGAUCCCAAGCUAAGGGCUCUUAGUCUUCAGGUAGCUAGUAUUGUUAACUCUAGCAUACAACCCCUUCAUAUGCAGUCAGUGUUGAAGUAUAUAGCAGAUAGGGUUGGUUCACAAGAACAGCUUUUGUGGGCUCAAUUUGUAAUUAAGAAAGGCUUUCAUGCUCUUGAGAAUUUGCUGAGAGACUAUUCUGGCCCAUAUGCCAUGGGAGAAAAGGCAUUUAUGGCUGAUGUGUUUUUGGCACCACAGAUUGCUGUAGCGACAGAGAGAUUUGGAAUUGACAUGGCAGAAUUCCCAACUCUAAGAAAGAUAUAUGGAUCAUGCAAGGCUUUACCAGAGUUUAAAUCUUCAUUGCCUGAAAGACAACCUGAUGCACUGCAGUAAUAGUUCUUAUGUUUUGUCUGAUGUUUGUGGAUUAUGAAUGCUUAUAGUAAUAUUAUUUUUUUU